UAUUAAUGAUGUUGGGGUAGAGGGUGUCACAUAACAUUUCUUGUAGUGCCAGCAUAAAUAUAAGUUGUACAAUAGUUGAUCGAUCCAUAGACAUUUUACUUGUCAAAUAGAAUCUGAAGAAAAAAAUGAUCAAUACAUUGGUUGUUGUCUUGUGUUUGAUGAUUGGCGGUGUUAGCCAUGUAAUUUAUGGUAUUCAAAAUACACUCAAAGAAGAUAUAGAGCUGGAAAAACAAUUAAAGCUCAUUAACAAACCUCCUAUCAAGAGUAUUCAUACAGAAUUUGGGUAUAUUGUUGAUUGCAUUGAUAUAAACAAGCAACCAGCAUUUGACCAUCCUUUACUGAAAAAUCAUAAGUUGCAAAGAAAACCCAACUUUGGAAAAACAAAUGCGAAGACUUCACCAACUAGAUCCAUAUUUGGGCUUGAUAAGAACAAAUGUCCUUCAGGGACGGUUCCUAUUCGGAGAACCACAAAGGAUGAUCUAAUUCGAGAAAAAUUAUUAUUAAAUGAUGAUAUCAUGAUGCAAAACGCUCCUGGUAUUCACCUUGCAGAAGUAUCUCUUCCAUCGAAUUAUGCUCCUUAUUAUGCAGUCAGUGGAACAACUAGCAUAUAUAAUCCAAGAGUUAAUAGGAAAGAUCAAAUCUCCCUUUCAAAUUUAUGGGUUCAGAAUGGACAAGGAGAUACUGGGAACAAAAUCUCAGUUGGUUGGCAUGUGCUUCCAUAUUUAUAUGGUGAUGAUGCAACCUAUAUUUACUCGACAUGGACG